AUGUGGUUUAUAUUAAAUCCAAUCAAUAUCUUCUAUGAUUUUGUUAUUUAUUUAAUUAUUGAUAAUAUUACAAAAUUUAUUGUUGUUCAUAAUCGAAAAGAAAAACGUUUUGAUAUAUUAUUAUAUGAAUGUAUGUUUUUGGGUUUUUUAAUUGGUUUUAUAUCAUUCUAUUAUUAUAUACCAUAUGUAUUAAUAAUUUUUCUAUUAAUUCAUAUUAUUGGUACGCUUUAUUCGGAAAAAAAUCUUGGUACUAUAAAAGAAAUAGUUCGAAAUUUAUUUAAUUGGAUAAUAAAUUUAAUCUUUUAUCGAUCUAAUUCAAAAGUAUCCGAAAGAAAGAAUAUACCAAAAGAAUAUCUAUAUAAUUAUCAUCUUAAACCAACAAAUGAUCUUCGACUUCAACAAUCAUCAUUUCUUCAAACAUUACCAAGACCGGGUAUUUUUAAUCUACAUGGUACAACAUGUUCAUUAAAUGCUUUGUUGCAAAGCUUAGCAUCACUCAAUGGUUUUUAUUUAUCAUUACAACGAAAUAUAAAUAUAUCACGUUAUAAUUAUGAUCCAGUCGUACUUACAUUUGUUGAUCUUAUUUCACAAUUACGAAAUGAUCAUCGUACAUCAGAAUAUAAACAUUGGAAUACACUUAUUGAUACAUCGGAAUUUAUUUCGAAGUUAAAUUUAACUUAUCCAAAUUUAUUAACACAAAAAACAACAACAGAUAUUUGCGAAUUAUUUCAAUGUAUUAUUGAUGUAUUAAAUGAAUCUCUCUCAAAACAAUCAUCUCUCUAUUCAACUAAUGUUAUUGAACAAGUACAAAAUUCGAAGUUAACAACAUUUUCUCUUGAUUAUCUAAAUAAAUUAUUUGCAGAAACAGAAGCACAACUGCAUGAUACAAUAACAUUAGAUAAUCUCGAUACACAAACAUCAUGUAUAAUUCAAUAUGUUGAUCUUACUUGGUUAUUACAUCAUAUACAACUUGGUUCAUUAAUAAAACAUACAUUCUCUGGUCAAAUUCUUCAUGCACAUUGUUGUAAUAAUUGUUCUCAUGUUCGUUUUCGUACAGAACCAUUUCAAAUAUUAAUUUUACCAGUUAAUAAAACUAAUACAACAUUAGAAAAAAUUCUUUCACAAUUAACAAAAAUUGAAAUGAUUGAUUCAACAUCAUGUUCACAUUGCUUCAAUGAUCAUAACAUAGGACUUAAACAUACUCCUCUUCUAAAUCCAAUACCAACUCCAUUAUCACCUAUAAUUACAUCUCGUCGUCAAUUUUCUGAUCAAAUAUUUGCAUCAACACCUAUAUCAUCUUCUGUUAAUAAUAUUAUUCCAUUAACAAAAACUCAUCUUAAUUAUAAAAUAAAAAAACAGACAAUGAUUGCAAAUUUUCCUGAUAUUCUAUCUAUUCAAUUAAAACGUUUUUCAUAUGAUCGUCUUUCACAAACAGGAAUUAAAUUAAAUACAUCAAUUAUAAUUGAACCUGAAAAAAUUCUUGAUCUUUCACAUCUUCAUUAUACAACAUGGCUUGGCUUAACGAAUCUAUCAAAUACUUAUCAUUAUCGUUUAAUAGCUAUUUGUUUGCAUUUAUCAGAAAAUUCUUCUACAAAUUUUACACCGAGUAUUCAAGGACAUUGUGUUUGUCUAUAUCGUGCAGAUCAUAAUCGAUGGUUUCUAUGUGAUGAUGAACGUAUAACAGAAAUUAAUCAAAUUAAUAACUUUUUUCAAACAUCAUAUGUUACCGAAAAUUGUUAUCUUUUAUUUUAUGAAAAAUGUUCAUGA